AUGCCUCCACGCUUGGCCCAUCGAAAGUCUCGCACCGGUUGUCGGCGCUGCAAGGAGCGCAAGGUCAAAUGCACUGAAGAACGCCCCAACUGUGCCGCAUGUGCCCGCCACGGCGUCGAGUGCGAAUACCUCGAAUACUCUUCCUCGCCCAAGUCAGCCUCUGUGCCCCGUGGACGCCGUACAACAGCCAAAUCUCCCCCGGCACGAUGCCCCCCCGAGCCUGCAUCGAGCAGCUCGGCCAGCGUGUCCGCCCGCGAUGUCAGCAUCAGCCCACCGAGCGGAUUCGACUUGCCUUACGCCAGGAACCUGCCGGGUCAAAUGCCAGACGCUCUCCGCUCCCAGAUCGAGCUGUAUCUGCUCCACCGCUUCAAGUCUACCGUCAGCCAGAGUUUUCCUUCUUCGCAAACCCGGCAUAUGAAGGACGUUUUUGCUGUGCACGCGACCGAGGUGGCCUUUGAUCACCCAUACCUCCUCAAUGCCAUCUUCGCCGUCACAGCGCUCUACCUGUGCAUGGGCCAGCUGCAAAACCUACACCAGACCCAUCCGGCUCAGCUUCCAAAGGCGCUCCAGUAUGUCGACUUCGCGCAGAUACACCGAACCUAUAUCAACAUGGCCAUAGCACAGGAGCGCGAUGAGCUGUCGUCGCUGGGUCCGCACAAUGCCGACGCCGUGGGGUUGACGUCCAUCCUGUUCUCCAUCAUGUCGAUUUGUCUCCUCUCGGAUGCCCCAACGGCCCCCGACGCCGAGUGGUUCCCGCCCAUACAGUGGAUGACACUCUCGUCCGCCAUACAGACCGUCUUCCAAGAAGCCGUCCCUUACCUCGACGAGGGCGCCGUGAUGAAUUAUAUGCGCGCCAACCGCGAGCCCAAUCUUUACGACACCGAUGCCCUCUUCGACCCGAAUAACACUGUUCCUUUUCACAGCAUUCUGGAAUUUGAAGACCCGCAAAGCCACAUCCAAAGCGAAACGCCGUCACGCGCCGCCGACCAGGGAGACACAAAGAAGGCGGCAAAGGAAGAGAGUGAAGCGUACCAAAGCACCCUGGCCAUGAUCGGAAGCAUCUUCAACGCCGUCCGCGCCGGCGAGCCCAGCCACUAUGUGUGUAUGCGGGUGAUGGCGUUCGGCCCACUCGUGCCCCGGUCGUACACUGCGCUGCUGGCGCAAAAGAGGCCUCGUGCGAUGGUCAUCAUGGCAUAUCUCAUGGUCUUCGUCAAGUACGUCGACAGCUAUUGGUGGUUCCGGGGCCGGGCUGAGAAGGAAAUCCUCGGCAUCCGGAGUGCACUCCCGGAUAGGUGGCAGUGGGCUUUGAGGUGGCCUUUGGCUGUCCUGGCGAAUCCGGAGUACGCAAAGUCCGACCCGGCCACGUACUAUCGAGAACAUCAACCUGAGUUUUUAUAA